GAAAGAAUUCAGCCAGCAUUUCACCGCGUCUUCCAUGGCGUCCUCUCCCGCGCUUUUGCACUCAUCCGCUUCCACGUUCUGCGGCAACUUCAAUGUUCGACUGCCCGCCGGAAACUUCUGCUGCCGCUCCAGUGGCCUAUCAAUUAGAGCCACGUCUUCAAUAGUCCUCGUGGAGAAAACCGACGCCGAGAAAGUGAGCAGGCUCAAAUCCACGUAUCUGGAGAAAAUCGUCCCGUUGCUCAAGGAAGAGUUCAGCUACACCAACAUUCAUCAGGUUCCAAAACUAGAAAAAAUUGUUGUAAACUGUGGAAUUGGAGAUGCUGCUCAGAAUGCAAAGGGCCUGGAUGCAGCUAUGAAUGAGUUGGCUCUCAUUACGGGGCAAAGACCAAUUAAAACAAGAGCAAGGAAGGCCAUUGCCACCUUUAAGAUCCGAGAAGGCCAGCCACUUGGAAUUGCCGUCACUCUUAGAGGAAAUGUGAUGUACUCUUUCCUUGACCGGCUCAUCAAUCUAGGACUUCCUAGGACGCGGGAUUUCCAGGGGGUGAGCUCUAACAGCUUUGAUGGUAAUGGAAACUACAGCAUAGGUUUUCGUGAACAGAGUGUGUUCCCCGAGAUCAGUUAUGACGUGCUCGGUAAACCAAGAGGGAUGGAUGUUUGCAUAUCGACAACAGCUGCCUCUGACAAUGAAGCUCAAAGACUUCUUGCGCUUAUGGGAAUGCCGUUCAGAGAAGGAGGCGGCGCGGCAGAUGUGUUGCGUAAGAAGAAGCUCAAGUCUCACCAUUUCGACUCCAAAUCGAAAUCGAGGCAAAGAGCCCAGCCUAAGAAGAAGAGGUGAAAGAAACUUCAUGUUCUGGUAAGUUAACUUCAACUUUGUUGUUUGUCUGCUUUUGUGUUUACCAUUUGGGAAAAAGAAAAUUGUUGGUUGCCUUGAGUACAAAUGAAGUUACUAUUCUUCAAAAUGUCAUCCGAUAAGUUUGUUUGAUUAUGGUUUGAAAUAGAUCCGUUGGAUUUUUAA